UUUAAAUUUUAUUAAAAUAAUCGAUUAAUUUUGGAUCAAAAGGCACUGAUAAUAAGAUUAUUAAUUAGAUGAUGGAAAUGAAUAAAUUUAUGAUCGAAUCUGCGACUCGUGAGUCUCUCAGUGAAAACGAAUUUUUGAUAUCUUUGGAAAAUAUUUUAAAAUCUAUCGAGGAUAAACUUCAAAAAUUUGUGAAGAGUGCUCCAAAACUUUUGACAGAUCCCGAAUUGGAAUCUGGAUUGCGUACUAUAGAAAUUGAAGGAGAAAAAAUACAUGACUUUCUUCAUUCGGUUGUUCAAUCUUAUUUAAAUAGUAGAAAAGAUGAGAGGGAACCAGGGCUACAAUACAAAUAUGAACAAAUGGAAGAACAAUUACACAUUCAGGCUACCGAAUUAGAAAAAGCAAUCGAGGAAACGCAAACCCUUAAGAUCCAAAUAUUAAACCAAAGCAAUUUUUGCGCGAGUUUAGGCGCAGUAUUGGGAAAUUUAGCGUGGCGUGCGUCUCGAUUUCCAGAAAUCGUUGAUAUUUGGGUAUCAGGUCUCCAGAAUAAAGUAAGAGAGUUCCUGUCGAUAGUGAGCGGAAGUUUCGUGGCAUUUAUAAGCACAUACGAGACGAGUAUACCGCCUACGAACAACGUCGAGUAUCAGUUCGUGUUAGGAUUAUUGGGUAUUGUCACGAAUAUAUCAUCGACGCCGAAGGGCAGAGAGUUUCUUAUUACCAGUCAGAAUGGGAGGGAUCUCGUUGAGAAAAUCAUCAAAUUUAUGCCUAAUUUCUUAUCGAUAGCAUCGGGAACGCAUUCGUUAAUGAGAUUGAUGCUGAUGAUAUUGUAUAACGUGAGCAUGAACAAUACCGGUUUAAGCUGUUUGUUCGAGUUUCGCGUGGCUGGAGUUCUCAAUCGCUGUUUGGAAGAGGAUACUUUAUCGGAAGAAUUGCAGCUGUUAUGCUUGCGCAUUCUCCAAUCAAUUACCUACGAUCUUAAAGAUCCGAAAUAUAUCGAGGACCUAACCACGUCGAUUUCUAUUAGGAAUAUUAAAAAUAUUGUUGUCAAUGGACAGAACGAAACGUGUUCGAUUGCGAAAGAAGUUAUUAAACAAUUGCAAGAGUCUUUAAGAUUCAAAGUGAUUCAAUAAAAAAAAAAAUAAAAGAAAUAAAAAAAAGAAAAAAAAAAAAAGAAAGAGAAAGGAAAAAGAAAAAAAGCAAGAAAAGAAAAAUCUACUAAAAAAUAGAAUUAAUCUUCAUUUACAUCGCCUUUUUAAAUAUCUUUUAUAAUGAUCAAUAUUUAUCAUACAAACGGUAAUAAUAAUUCGAAUUCGUUUGGAAAUAGUACAACGACCUUUCUCUUGACGUUUAAAAGUUAAUACAAGGAAAAAAUCGUACUCUGACAAACAGUCUGAUUCACUGUUCUCUUUCAUCUUAUAGAAAUAUAUAUGCAUACGUAAUAUCUCGCUUCGUCAAAGGAAGCGGUUGGAUCUGCACUGUUAUCGAACGUGCCUCAAAUUCUUCUUUGCUUUACGGUAUGUAUGUAUGUACGUACGUAUUUCUCGUAUAUAUGUGGGCCUAUGUAGAACUAGAUUCUCAUAUCAGUAGCGCGUUGCAGUAAAAUACAUAUAAUGUACUGCGCAAAUAAUACCACCAGUUGGUAUAACGUAAAUUUCUAUCUAACGAACUAUCUCUCUUACGACCACAUUAUCAAAUACGCAUAUAUAUAUAUAAUAUAUAAAUGUUCAUAUUUAUCAUACAUUUUGCUAUGCAUUACUCAAUAACGUUUAAAUUAUGAAAUAUCAAAGUGUCGUAAUUUAAAAUUGAAAUGAAGUUUAAGUACUUUUAACAAUUUCAUCGAAUUGCAUUGUUUAAAAUAGGAUUAGAAAAGAGACGACGAUAAAUAAAAAUCUGUAAGCAUCGAAUCGAUAUGCAUCGCCAUGUUUAAUAUGUACCUGUGUUCUAUUCAAUGAACUCAACGUGAACAGUAAAGAAGAUAAAGAGGGUGCAAUGGACCAUAUUAAAAAGCUUUUAGUAAAGGCGUAAAUGAAUAGCGGAGGUAGGUUCCACAACUCAAAAUCGUUCUUUCGAAUAUACAGGCAUCUUCACAGAGCAAUUUUGCUUCAUUAAAUAACUCGUCUCUGUGCUAACAUAAGUUGUACUUUAACGAAGUAUAAAUGCGCGCGUGCGCUCAUGUGUUUAGCAAGCAGACCACUUUAUGAGAAAAAGAGAAAGAAAGAGAAAUAGAGAGAGAGAGAGAGAGAGAGAGAGAGAGAGAGAGAGAGAGAAAGAGAGAGAGAGAGAGAGGGAAGAGAGAGAGAGAGAGUACUCUCUUCCACUUCGACCUCUUGAUCCAGAUAUGAUAUAAGAGUCUUUUGAAAGAUUUUAGAAAAAUCAAGUUUGUUGUUGAUAGUAUAAUAUCAAAGAUUGACUCCGGAACGAAAAGAGAAUUAUGAUAUAAAACCGAUAUGAGUUUAAACAAAUAUGAAUUAUGUUCAGGGGACUGAUAAAUAGAAAUAAACGCGUAUCAUUUCUAACGGAUAAAUAAUUAAAAAUCAAAAAUCAAAUCAAAUAAAGAAAAUUUAAGAGAAUGAUAAAAGAAAUGAUAGAAACAUUUGUGGAGAGGAAAAUACAAAAGAAAAAAGAAAGAAUAUAGUCCUUCAUAAUUGUUUAUGUGUUCUGGUCAUUUCCAAAUAGCAAAAUUAUGCACGUUAAAGGAAUAGGGAGUAAAAGCGAGUUUGCCUGGCCUGUAAUCGAUCAGCGAGAAGAAGGACCCUUAGCAGAAGAGAGAGAGAGAGAGAGAGAAGAAAUAGGUAUAGAGGGCGUAUAGGUAUCGAGAUAGCGCGUGCUCUCGGCGCCGGCGUCGCAAAUUUGAAAGUGGUGGGGGUGAGAGGUGAGCGUCGCGACGUCGGGCGUCGAGGAUUCGGGAGAGCUCGCGAAAGGCAGGCCAGGCAGGAGCUACGGCAGGCGACGGCCGGGCGGUCGUUUUAUUGAUCCCGGGGCGCCGCGGCGCUACCCACCCGCGGCGGGGUCGCCUCCGAGAACUUUCCUUUUCCUCGAGGAGGAUCCUUUUUUUUCCAUCUUUCCGUCCUCUCGACGCUUCUCGCAGGACGAGAACACGUACACACACGUACACACAAGGGAACGUAAUUCCGACGUGACUCGAAGUAAUUAGGGUCCUGUGGACUCGUCCGAGUCUCGUGCGUGAUUAAAAAAAACGUCUCCUUUCGGUGGUCCUUGCGGUGUCGAUAUCUUGAGAAAAAAGAAAGAAAAAAAAAAAAAAAAGAAAAAA